ACCUCUCCCAUAUUUUUUUCAUCACUUUUUACUUUGAACACAGCACAAUAUGGGUGGAUAACAAACUUACAGGGUUGUUGAAAUUGGAUCAUGACGAGAAAGACUUUCGAAGAUGUGUUCCCGUAAACCAGAGAAGAGCAACUCAGGAUGACAACAAGGCCAUGCACUGGAGACGCACCGGUCACUGAUUGGACCGCCAGUUCCAGCUGACACGGACUGUCCAAUCGCAGGCCAGUCCGCAAAACUACUGGCGAGCCACUCAACUGAACGCCCAUCACGUUGCGCACAUGGAUCGGGUCGAGGUGACCACGCCACACCCAGUAUACCGAAGCAGAGUGCCUGAGCUGGAGGAGCAGCUUGUGUAACAGCUGUAUCGGCCAGUGGCACCGACAGCAACCAGUUGCGCCAGUACCGUGCCUUGUUGAAAUGUCCAGAACGCAGAAGAGGCGGCGCAUACAGCGGCCUCUCAGCGCGACGGGGGGCGAGAAAUAGUUGAGGAUAUUCGGGCAGAGUUUGCUAACAACGGUGUUUGAUGCGUAUGUUUUUGCCGUAGCCGCAGCCACUUUUUGGAGGAAUGAGAGGCGUGUGUUCGGCUCUUAAAAUGGGAUUGUUUUUACACGCUGUUGGCUCUGUCCCCCCAACCGAGUCCGCAGCAGAAAGGAGCCUACUGCACUGUGAAGGCGUCAACAACCAGAGCUACAUCUGUGAGACUGGACACUGCUGCGGGGAGUCUCAGUGCUGCAGCUACUACUAUGAGCUCUGGUGGUUUUGGCUGGUUUGGGCGAUCAUCUUCAUUUUGAGCUGCUGCUGCGUGUGUCACCACCGCCGCACCAAACACCGGCUGCAGCAGCAACAACGGCAGCAUGAGAUCAACCUCAUCGCUUACCGUGAAGCACACAACUACCCCUCUGUGCCCUUCUACUUCAGGUUUCUGCCAAACUACCUCUUGCCUGACUAUGAAGAGGUGGUCAACCGGCCACCAACUCCUCCACCUCCCUACAGUGCCUUACACACAGGCCCAACCUCAGAGGCUGCUAGUCCACUGACUCCUGAGCAGCAGGAGGGACGCUGUCCAACCAUCCAGCCUGCUCCGGUGCCCCUGCCCUCUGACAGUCUGUGUUGCAGACCCAGCAUAGAAGAAUCACAACCCGCCAUUUUAGACAUUAGGCCAAAGCCUGAUAACAAACCAAUGCACACUGCACAAGAGUCAAGCGUGAUACUGCUGUCAGAUGGGCUAAAUGGCGAGGAACUUAACAGCGAGGAGAAACGAAGUGAAUGUGGAGAUGACUCCUGCAAGGACCCCCUGCUGAAGGACCUAUCAGAGUGUUGUGCUGAUGACAAAGACCGACUCCCCAAUGGAAGGAGGAGGCGAUUCACAGGGGACUCUGGGAUUGAAGUGUGUGUGUGUGGCACACGUGGGAGUAGUGGUUUUAGUGGAGCUGGAGGGACAGGCCAGGAGGGCAAGGAGUUUAGGGAGCUGGAGAGCCUGCUGGGGCGCGAUGGAGGUGACGAGCAGGAAGUAGAGGUAGAAGUGGGUGACUUCUGCGACAGCUGCGGUCAUCAAGCCUCCUUUAGUGUGGAGGAGGAGCAGACGCUGGGUGGGCUGGAGAGGCGAGCGACGCAUGGGCCGUCAGGACCUCCUCAGCCGGCUAGCCAGAUAGGCAGUGCCUCAGUCCACCCACCAGUGUGCCUCCUCCUCCACACCAUAAAUGAGCAGGAGGGGCCGCACCACAGCACCAGCACUGAGCCGCAGGGCUGAAACCCGUUUAACACAUAUUUGUGUCAUAGAGGGAAGGAGAGAGAGCACUUGAUACAGAGCAUGGAGGCAUGUGUGUUUGUAACAGACGACGUGUUUUAUGUCUAAAUAUUUUCUAGGUAUCUAGUAUUUUUAUGAAUGUGUGCAUAUUAGAUAAAAACAAGUGUGGGAGCAGGAAGUGCAAUCUCAACGACCAGUGAUUGACAUCCCAAGGUUGAGAAAGCCUGCUCCUCCCAACACUGGAACAGUGGCCUUAACCUGUGUAUUUUGGGAUAUAUUUGGGCAGUACAAGCCCUUUUAACAGCCUGUGGCAAGUGAGACUUCUCACACACACAUGCACGUGCACACACACGCACACAGUUCUUCAGUUGUCCAACAGAAGCUACUGACACACAAUCAAAGACUUGAUAGAUGGACAGAUUCACUGCCCAGGAUGAACGCAGCUCUCCUCACCAGGUGCUUGCAACAAUUGUGCAAAGCUGUUCUCUGCAGGCAGGACACCACGUAGUGAAGACAAAACAAAAACAAAAAAACAAAACAACACACCAGGAGCAUUUUGUAUGUGCAAUGUGGAAUUACCACAGCGUGUGCUUGUUAAACUGAUACUGUACAGGGACGCUAGAACAAGACUGACUGUGUUGGACGUUCCAUUAGAUUCAUUAGCUUCAAAGUACUUUUUCAGCCAUUGAAAACCGCUCUGCCUUGUGUCUGUUUGUGUUGCUCUCUAUCUGCUCUAACUAGUGAUAGAGAAGUAUAAGUGCAUUAAUAAAUCUUCAUGUGAGCAGUUUCUAUUUUGCACAAAAUGUAUUUAUCUUUAUAAAUGAAGCUUUUAGCCCAAAAAAAAAUCAAAACAGAAAUGCUUAGUUUCAGUAAUUCAGUCUUAAAUUGCAAUACGUGAUUAAUUUUGUAGGAUUUUGUUGCAACAUCUGUAAGAAAUGGACCUUUGUGAAUUACUAGUAGGGAAUGCAACAGAUUCACUUUGUACACAGUCAUUUUUUUCGAUGAACAAUGAUAAGCUUCAGUGAAGCUGAGAGACCAUGAGAAAGCAGGUACCAAAAAACAAGAAAAGAAUAUUAAGCUUCUCUGAGAUUACAGCUGAGAUGGGAAAUGCUAGACCUCAAACUUUUUUGUCAGUCACUUCGGUAGAUCACCAUCAUCACCAGCUACAAAUGCCCUUUGUAUUGGAUUUUCGUAUUAGCACAGUGCAUUUGCUGUGAUAUUCAUUGAUUAAACAUUUAUUACAGCUUCUUGAAUUAUCUGUUAAUGUUGGUUUCAUUCAACUGGACUUAAUGUGAUUUUCAUAUGGCUUGAUGCUGAAAAUCCGUUUGUGCUAUUUGAGAGGAAAUGCUUCUUUUAGGGAAAAAAACAAACAAAAAAAAUUCUGUGUAAAGUAAAUUGAGAAUUCCUCCCUUACUCAACUUCAUAUAAAGUCAAUAAAACCCAUUAUUGUCAUGGUUGUGGACAAACAGCAAGAGUCUGCACACAAAGUAUUUGUAGUACAAGUACCCAACAGGCGAGUUAUCAGUUCUGUUAAUCUAUCUUCUCUGGAAAAUUCAUGGGUUUGAACUGCCUUUAAGAGUUUGAAUGUUUUAAAUCUGAGCUUUGAGUCCAAAUCUAGCAGUAAUCAAGCAGUAAUACAGAGAUUGACUGAUGAUGAAAUUGAAAAAUGCCACUGAUUAUAUAAUGAACAUGCUGUGUAAAACCUUUCCAAAUUGAGUUCAGUCAUUUUUUUUUGUUUGCCCACACUCUGUAAUGAACUGGAACCGGUGAUGUCAUUGUGUCAUGUAAAUUCUAUUUUUAUUAUUUUUUUUCCCAGGUUUUCCUUGGAGCUUCCUCAAACAUGCGCACACUGCAUUGUUUGCAAAGCACAAAUGUUUCAGUCUUACGGAUUUAUAUUUGCCCCUGGAAACAAUUUAAUCAAAGAUGUCUCCCAAAAUUUCUAGCACAAGUUAAAUUGUAACGUGGAGUUUCCGUACUAACGAUUCUUAACUACCAAUGCCUAAAGAUACUCUAAAGAGCUUUAUAUGCUUAUACUUUUUGUGAGCUAGAAAGUAAUAUUGUGUAAUGGUGGUACAUGUAGUACCAAUAUGAGUUAUUUUUCAUAUCAGGUGAAUCCUUUAAAAAAUUAUUGGUAAUGUAUACAUUUUCAGAACCACUUUUCAAAUUGUGUAUAAUCUUCUGUAGCAUGUUUGUGAACCAAGAUUUGCUUUCAUAAUUUUUAUGAAAUCAUUGGCUUUAUGUUGUUCUCAUUAUGGGUAUUAUUUUUUCUGUUGAGAAAGGAUUUAACUUUUGCUUUGACUUAUCCUAUAGUUGUAUGAAGGGUACGUUUGACAGUAGACAGCUUGUCAACAUCGGGGCCCUCUCGCCAAAGACACGUUUGUUUGUUCACCAAUGUGUGCCAGGAGGUUUGGUACACAUUUGAAUGUUCUGAUCAUAAGCCAUUUAUUACAACAACCGAAAUGGAUGUAUGUUCAAUAAACAUGUCCGCUUAAAUCCA